AUGGAAAUGAAUAAAGAAAUUAAAACAUCUCCAAAAUUUAGUUUGAAGAUGUUGCUUGAAGCGGGAACAUCAUCGGCAUUGGCUACGGCGGCCAAUUACUGUCCGAUACCUAGUGUGGGAGCUGUAAAUACUCUGGUUUCUCUAUUGGUGCAAUGUAAUAUUUCAAAUCCUGCGUUGUGGCCUGAGGAUUAUGCUGAGCAGGCUUUGAAAGAGGGUCUGCAGAGUUUUGAUUUUGUGGUGGUGGGAGGUGGUUCAACUGGCUCCGUCGUGGCAAGUCGUUUAAGUGAAAAUCCCAAAUGGAAUGUUUUGCUAUUGGAGGCAGGUGGAGAUCCGCCACAGGAAUCUGAGUUCCCUAUAUUUUCCAAUGACUUGUUAGAUUCCAUGGCAGCCUCCCAUUACCUCGUACAAGCGAAUAAUGUUUCCUGCAAGGCCUUCAAGGGUAAUCAGUGUCGCUGGAGUCGUGGCAAUGGUUUGGGUGGUACCGGCUCCAUUAAUGGCAUGGUUUAUGUUGAGGGUAGCCGCUAUGAUCAUGAUCUUUGGUGUUCCCAAGGCCUUGCCGGUUGGUGUUAUGAUGAGGUGCAGAAGCUGUAUGAAAAAGCCAAGACACCUCAGGGAAAUUCCACACAUCCCAGGGGUUAUGUGGUGCUGAACCAGGCCAAUGCCACCGAUAUGGAAUUUAUUGAUUUGGCAACCUCCGCGUGGGAUGAGGUGAAACAGAAACGGGGUGAGGAUUAUUUGGAAUACAAAUAUCCCCAGGUCACCUUUGCCAAUGGCCAUCGCUGGAGUUCGGCCAAAAGUUAUUUGGGUCGGGUACGACAAAGAUCGAAUCUCAAGGUUAUUAAAAAUGCCAGGGUUACGAAAUUAAAUUUUGAUAGCCGCAAUCAAAAGGUACUCUCGAUGGAGUUUCUGUUAAAAGAAAAGAAGCCAAUGAAGGUCCAAAUCAACAAAGAGGUCAUAAUUUCGGCAGGGGCCUUGGAAUCUCCCAAAUUGUUAAUGAUGUCGGGAAUUGGACCAGCUAAUAAUCUACAAAGGCUUAACAUUCCUCUACGCCAUGAUUUACCCAUUGGCCAGAAUUUACAGGAUCAUGUGGUCAUUAAUUUGUAUCUCAAGAUGCCAAGUGGAUCCACCACUACAUCUGCUUCAGGUUCCCCAGACUUGGAUGGUAUAUAUGAGUAUCUAAUGUAUAGCAAAGGACCUUUGGCCAAUUUUCCAACUGGCCAGUUGACAGCCUAUCUGAAAACCCGUCCCAAUGGCCCCCGCAAUAUGCACACCUAUUUGGUUGGCAUGAAACGCGGAAGCUUUUCGCAAUUGGAACAAUCCGCCAAAAUAUCGGGACUGAAGGAUGAAAUCAAGCAGUACCUAAGGCAGCAAUUGGAUGUGAAAGAUAUUUUCAUUGUCUAUAUCCUGCUGGCUCAACCCAAAUCUCGCGGUAGUGUAACCCUAAAAUCCUCUUCCCCCAAAGAUCCGCUCAUUAUCAAUUCAGGUUAUCUGACAAAUCCCGAGGAUAAGGAGGCUCUAUUGGAUGGUAUUUCAUAUGUCAUGGAUUUAUUGGAUACGGAGAGCUUUAAGGAAAGGCAAAUUGAAUUGCUCGAGAUACCCUUGAAAGAGUGUUCCAAAUAUCCCUCAAAAUCUCCUGAAUAUUGGUAUUGUUUUAUGGAGCAUUUCUCUAGUACAGGUUAUCAUUUUGCGGGUACAGUUAAAAUGGGUCCGGUGGGGGAUAAUGCCACUUGUGUUGAUCCAGAGUUGAGGGUAAAGGGUGUCCACAAUCUACGUGUGGCAGAUGCCUCCAUUAUGCCUCAGGUAACCUCGCACAAUACAAAUGCUCCCACCAUUAUGAUAGGGGAAAAGGCAGCGGAUAUGAUUACCAAGAAGUGGGAAUAA